UGCUGUCCAAUACGUAGUGGUGAACAUGGAGAACUCUGACCAUUCCACGCACGGAGCUGAAGCUCCAUGUUUACCAGACACCUCAUCAGAGGUUGACAGAUAUGACCUCAUGAUUGAUAUAAUGAGACUACCCAUGAUGCAGUUCCAGGCAAUCUGUUCUGGAAUACGUAACAACAUGUCUCCUGAGGAGCUAGCAAAGAUGGUUUCUUCAUGGACCGAGGAGCGUGUCAGGAGAAACAUCCUACAAACCAUGGCAGAACUAGAGGAAAGGACUAAUGUCCUCUCUUCCAGCUAUCAUGAUCGAAAGCUGCUUAAGAACGACCAGGAGGAAAUUGUGGAGAUGACUGGAGAAGUACCUGAAGUCCAGCUGGCUCCAGUAACAAAAGAAGUAUUUGUGACUGUCCUUGACUCCAUGAAGAGUCCAUCUUCUGAUGAAGCCAACGCUGGAAGUAAAGAACAUUUCAUUAGCUAUGUUCAUGGGAUGGUCAACAAAAUUAAGGACUUUCCAAAACUAUUUAAGGCAUCCCACAAGCGGUCCCAGGAGCUGAACAUCACACCAGCUGUUUGUGAGAGUCUCUCUGAGCUUUUGGCUCUACCAGAUCCAGAUGGGAGGUCCACCACAAGCCUACAUGACGGUGCAGAUAGACUCUGCUCUGAGGACGAAAUCAGUAGAGCUUCAAGGGGUGUGAGUAGCAUUCUGCUGACACCUGUGGGUUCUUCAAGCCAACAUGAUGUUAAUGAGAUCCAACAGCCACAGAGUAGUGAUACUUCAUUGGCCUCUGUCAGGUCUGUGCAUGACAACGCACGUGGAAUUGUUGACACAAUUAUCACCGAUUUAGAAGACCUUUAUGAAAACCUUGAGCCAAAGGAAGUUGAAAUGCUCCAGAGCCAAAGUGCACUAAUCCAGGAAGAGCCCUGUGUUGAGGAUGAUGCCACCCAAAAGAUAUUUCACAACAAAGUUUACCGAAUUCUGUGCAGUGCACAGGUAAAGCUUAGGAUGUUUUUCACUAUACACCGGUCACAAGACAUCAUACCCGACUCAAAGACUGUCCCACCAGCUAAGGAGACGUGCCAUGAUGGUAUCCAACCCGAAGAUGGCUGUGAAUGGCCAGACCAGUCUGAUGCUGAAGGUGCAGGCCUCGGUGAUGGCAACAUUGUAGGUGAAUUGACAGACGAGCCUCAAGUUCAAGCUCUAACAAGCGUAGAACAGCAAGCCACCAUGGACAGGCCAGACUAUGAGAAGGAUGGACAUGUAUCUCCAACAGCAAGCCAACGUGAGUCAAAAGAUAAAAAGCGUGGAGUGGGGAAAGGAUUGAAAAUAUUCUUUGUAGAAAAUAAGAUUUUUGGCCACAAAGCUUCAAGUAAGACUCCCGACACAACUUCUACUCUUGAGGAGAAUACAGUUCAAUCCACCAGCAUUUCUGAAACUGUGUCAUACACCACUGAGUCAGAAUUAGAGACCAUGAGCUCUUCUUCCAUUGCAUCGCCGGAAACUGCAACAGUGGAGGUAAUACAACAUAAUGUGACAUCUUUACAAACAACUCCCCAAAGCAUGGACAUUUGUGAGCAGAACGAAACGACAUUAAUAUCUACUGGCGAAGACGAGGGCAAUGCUGUGGUCGACGCAGUAACCAGGAACUCUCCAUCUCCUGAGUCGUUCAGUGUGGAGGACCCAGCCGUAACAUCUCCACCUGCUGAUGAAAUGGCAGAGGUCAUAUCCAGGGACAACCAACACACUAUGGGAAGAAAAUUCAAAAGAUUAUUUUCCAAAAGCCCAAAGCCUUUAGCAGGAGCUUCUACCACCCUUGAAGCCACUAAAGAUAAAGUUUCCUCUUCUGAAGAGAUGGCAAUUGAGACCUGUGCCCCAGACUCAGAAUCAUACCUCUGUAAGGCAGAUAAACAGCCAUCGGUGGGCAGAUUGCCAGAAACACCUCCAUCUGAUUAUGUCGGUGAGGGAGAUGGCACUUCUGUCACAGACAUGCGUCUGGACAUGAAUGCUGAGGCAACUCUACAGUCACCCACGAGGGCCUCAUCUGAAACCUCUUUACAGCAUGUCCCUGCUAAAACUAUCCCAGAAGCUAAAGCCAACCGUCUCAGUGUAGGUACAAAAAUGAAAACAUUAUUUACUAAGUCCCCUAAACCCAUUGAUGUUGGACCUACCAUGCAGUCAGAUGAGGCCGUAUCUGAGGUAGUCCCCACCUUUGACUCCGAGAUGACAGCUGAGACUCCAGAUGACAACUGUGCUCCUGAUGCUGAGGCAACUCUACAGUCACCCAUGAGGGCCUCAUCUGAAACCUCUUUACAGCAUGUCCCUGCUAAAACCAUCCCAGAAGCUAAAGCCAACCGUCUCAGUGUAGGUAAAAAAAUGAAAACAUUAUUUACUAAGUCCCCUAAACCCAUUGAUGUUGGGCCUACCAUGCAGUCAGAUGAGGCCGUAUCUGAGGUAGUCUCCACCCUUGACUCCGAGAUGACAGCUGAGACUCCAGAUGACAACUGUGCUCCCGAUGCUGAGGCAACUCUACAGUCCCCUGAACCCAUUGAUGUAGGGCCUACCAUGCAGCCAGAUGAGGCCAUCCCUGAAGUAGCCCCCUCCCUUGACUCCGAGUUGACAACCGAAACUCCAGAUGACAGGUCUGCUCCCGAUACUGAAGCAGCCCUACCACCCAUGAGUGCCUCAUCCGAAACAUCUUUCCCGCAUGUCCCUGCUAAAACAAUCCCAGAAACCAAAGCCAACCGUUACAGUAUAGGUAAAAAAAUGAAAACAUUAUUCAGUAAGUCCCCUAAACCCAUUGAUGUUGGACCUACCAUGCAGUCAGUUGAGGCUCACACUGAGGUAGCCCCCUCCCUGGACUCUGAGAUGACAACCGAGACUCCAGAUGACAGCUCUGCUCCCGAUGCUGAGGCAACUCUACAAACAGCCAUGAGCACAUCCGCUGAAAUAUCUUUCCAACAUGAGCUCCUCACAGUACCCUCUGACAAAGUACAAACUAUGACUGAAUCAACUGAGUGUAGCUAUGCUGCCUUAAACACAGUAAUUGAGACGUCUCAAAGUCCAGAGAUGGGUCCUUCCCAAGAAACGGCUCAAGCAUCUCCCAUCUUGGAAACAACGACUUGUGUGACAGCCACUGAAGACGGGAUGACAGAUGGCAAGAAUCAUGGCGUGACCAAGAAAUUGAAACAUCUGUUUGCCAAACAUCCAAAGAAAGCACACAAUAUCCCAGCAGUGCCAAUAGUAUCGCAGGAUGUAAUUGAGUCACAGGCCUCUGAGGUCACUGUACAGCAAUCUGUCAACAUGUCAUCUCAAAAAACUCCCCAACAUGAAGACAUUUUUGAAAUAGGAACUGGACCGUCCCCCACCAUGACUGGCCCAAACGCAAAGGUCAACAAUCUCAGCAUUGGUAAGAAACUGAAACAAUUAUUUUUUCGUCCAAACCAUCCUGAAGCCAGACCUGUGGCCCCCCUGGAGGAAGCUUCCACAGUUUUCACUGAGCAUUCUAGUGAGCCAGCCUUUCCUGAGGGAUUCCACACUCUUUCUGAAGCUACAUUAGCUUUGAAAACUAUAACAGAGAGAAUGAUACUUCACCUGGAUGAUGCUGACACUGCAAAAGCAAAGCUGGAUAAUCUGGUAUCACAUGGAGUUCUCCGUCCGUUCACUGAUGACUUGGUGACUCGAGUGUACAACUACUUAGGUGGUGGCCGAGCACCUGGCACUGUGCUCUUCAGGUAUGCCUCUGACCCGGCAAUCCUGAGACCAAGGACAGUUGGAGAGCGCAAAAGAGAACUUGUUGUGGAACGGGACCCAGAAAUCGUUUAUGCCUUUACAGAGAGAUCCAUUAACGCUGUAAUCAGGCAGGUGCUAGAGUUACUUCUUCCCCUUGUGAAGGAUGUUGACGUCUCUGGAUGUCGGGUUCUAGAUAGGGUGACUGACAUCAUGGCCAAAGAAAUCACCGACCAAAUCUCAAUUACCCAUCUCAGUCUGCAGAGGACAGACACUGAAGACAGCGACAUUUACAGUGAAAGCAUCACGGAUACUGAAAGAGCUAGUAGGCCUACCACAGCUACGGAUGACAGGACCAUUACUUCUAGCAGGAAAUCACGGCGACAAAAAUAGACAACGCCCAGACUACAUUUUUUUUUUUCUGUGAUGCUUAAGACUCAAAUGUCUUCAAGCCCAAUAACUCCAGGAAGAGGAGAUGAUGAUAGUCCUCCUGUCUCUUCAAAUAUCAUCAAUAAAA